CUACUGAGUCUGUGCAAAAAGGGUAUUGAGUUAGAAGCUGGAUUUCCAGUCUCAGCUUGUCUGUACGCUUGGGAAAGUCCUGUGGUUAUAUUCUCCUAUCAUGGCCCUGUGAUUAGAAUCCUUCCAAACCAUUUCUCAGCAUCAAGCACAUAACCUAUAUCAUCAGCAGAUCCUUCUUGAUAGCCGAGCAACACUUUUGAGGACCAAGAUGGAUUCAACCAACAAGACGUCAGUUGAGGAAUUUGUUUUAUUAGGUUUUGGAAUUGGACAGCACAAGCGUUUGCUGCUCCUUGUGUUUUUCACUUUUCUCUAUGUGCUCACUUUGGUUGAGAACAUCACCAUUAUUAUCUUGGUGUUUUUGGACACCCACCUUGGGCGGCUUCCUAUGUACAUCCUGCUGAGCAACUUCUCCUGGUUGGAAAUGUGCUAUGUGUCCUCCACAGUUCCUCGCAUGAUCUUCGAUUUAGCAGUUCCUGGCGGCAUCAUUUCUCUCAAAGAGUGUUUAGUCCAGUUCUACAUCUUUUUCAUCCUUGGGGGCACUGAGUGUUUUUUCCUCUCAAUUAUGGCCUUCGAUCGGUACGUGGCCAUCUGCCACCCAUUGCACUACCCACAAAUUAUGUCUCAAAAUGUCUGCUACAUUCUGGUGGCUCUUUGUUGGAUCCUUGGCUUCCUGUGGUAUCUUGUUCCAGCAACGUUGAUCGCUAAGUUGUCCUUUUGUGGCGCCAAUGUCAUUGACCAUUUUUUGUGUGAUGCUGGUCCAAUCCUAUCCUUGGCUUGCCCUCCGCUUGGAAUGGUUCCCACUUGGAGUCAGAUUUGUCUCAGUGGUCUGCUCCUAGGUAAUAUGACAUUUGUUAUUUUGUCCUACGGCACUGUGAUUUUCACUCUAAUGAAGAUGUCCAACAAAGGUAGUCGUAGGAAAGGCUUUUCUACCAUCUCUUUCCAUCUAAUUGUGGUCUCACUUUUCUAUGGUUCAGUGACAGCAAUGUAUUUGUUACCAGGUGGAGAAAGCCAGUUAGGUAUCACUAAGGCAGUGACUCUCUUGUAUACCACUUUUACACCUUUUCUCAACCCCUUGAUCUACUGUCUGAGGAACAAUCAAGUUAAAGAAGCACUGAAUACAUUACUAAGGAGAAAGGUGAGACUCAUAUGGAGCAAGGAAUAGUCUAAAAUUGUAGAUGAAAGAUAUAACCAAAAUCAAACACAAGCAUGUACCAACACUCUAAAUCAAUGGUGUGCUUCUAGAAUGGAAUGGAAUGGAAUAGAAUAGAAUAGAAUAGAAUAGAAUAGAAUAGAAUAGAAUAGAAUAGAAUAGAAUAGAAUAGAAUAGAAUAGAAUAGAAUAGAAGA